CUCUGACAGUGGACAGUUUUUUUAAUACAUCCAUUACACCAACAGCUAAAAGAAAUGGUUAUAUGCUUUGUGUGAAAAGGAGACUGGAACUAUAUCCUUAAAAGUUCAUCAAACCUCUUCUUGAGCACAUAUUCAUCUGGUGUCAGGUGUAAUCAUCAUCUACACAAAGAUAUAAUAAUGGACCAAAUACCACCCCCACCGAAGAAGUACAAGCCAGUGCCUCUGGUCAGGUCUGGACCCUUCACUGUUACAACUCAGCCCCACCUGAAGGAGAACAAGGGGGAUCUGAUCUGCUCCUUCAGCUCAAAUGUCUCCAACUGUGGGUCUCCAUCCACAAACUGGACAAGAACUUCAAGAGGCACCAAACGCCCUGGUCCAAACUGGAUGACCCCUGACCCCGACUGUGGUCCUACACCAGCCAAACGCUUCAGAGUUUGUGAGAAGAGGGCCAAGAAGAGAAAAAGACCCUCUGCUCUGGACAGAGGCCUCCCAGAGACCAAGAAGAGUGAUGUGAAAAAUGGCUCCCAGGCUCAAAAAGUAACCAAAGAAGCGAAGAGUUCACCUGAAGGGUCUAGACCAAACAUGAUCAAGCAACUGAAGCAGGAAGUCCAGGACCAGGAGACAGACCAAGAACAGGACCAGGAGAAAGUCCAGGAGAGAGUCCAGGAGAGAGUCCUGGUGAAGAUCCAGGCAGAUGUCCAGAUUUUCAUCAAUGGUCAAGACCAGGGAAAAAUCCUGAAUAUACCAGUGCCUCUGGUCAGGUCUGGACCCUUCACUGUUACAACUCAGCCCCAGCUGAAGGAGAACAAGGGGGAUGUGAUCUGCUCCUUCAGCUCAAAUGUCUCCAACUGUGGGUCUCCAUCCACAAACUGGAAAAGAACUUCAAGAGGCACCAAACGCCCUGGUCCAAACUGGAUGACCCCUGACCCCGACUGUGGUCCUACACCAGCCAAACGCUUCAGAGUUUGUGAGAAGAGGGCCAAGAAGAGAAAAAGACCCUCUGCUCUGGACAGAGGCCUCCCAGAGACCAAGAAGAGUGAUGUGAAAAAAUGGCUCCCAGGCUCAAAAAGUAACCAAAGAAGCGAAGAGUUCACCUGA